CUGAGAGUCAACACACCCUAACGACCGCACAGAGGAGGAAAGAGAAGAGGACUGAACUAAGUGUCCGAGCAGCCCACAGCAUGGGAACAAUCAACAAACGACACUGGUUUUUCGUUCAUCUCCAGUGUCUCCUGAUUGGCAGUUUAGUUGACUCCUCCUCCCUGUCCUCCGUCUCGUACUUCCAGAUUGUCACCUCCACUGUGGGGAGUCAAGUGGUUCUUCCCUGCAGAUGGAAGAAACACCUGGGGGAGGAGGGCCCGUCCAGCUUCCACAUCCAGUGGACCUCCUUGGCAGACACCGUGUUCGAGCAGUGGGGAGUGGAGAAGUGGCAGGCGGAGGAGUUUGAGGGCCGGGUGGAGGUUCCCGAGGAGAAGCUCACGUCCGGGGAUUGUUCUCUGAUCAUCAGCGAUGUUCAGAUCAGAGACACGGGGAGAUAUGAGAGCUUCAUGGUGGUGGACGGCGUGAGAUCCAAAAAAACCAGGGUCUUCAUUCAGGGCGUCAAGCUGUCUGUGUUCGACCACAAAUCCCUGCAGUCUCAGGGUCCAGGUGAGGACUUGGUUCUGGAUCUCCACACCCCUCACUCUGUGAGAGUGGUCUUCCAGGGCAGGAACAGCUCCGAGUGGUCGGACCUGUGGGUGAGGGAGGGUGAGAACAGUCGGCGUCUGGAGAAACAUCCACUGAAAGAGCAGCUGACGAUGAAGAACCUGCAGAGCUCAGAUGAAGGAACGUACAAAGUUCUGGAUGAGCAGGGCCUCGCUGUGAGCACCGUGCAGCUCUCUGUGGAAAAAAGCUCCACAGCUCUCAGAUUCCGCCAGGUUUCAGAAGAUGACAUGAUUACAGGUGACGCUGCCAGAAGCAGCUGCUCAGCUCAGCUCGUCCUCUCGGUUCUCGUCCUGAGUUUCCAGAUUCCUCAUCUGCUCUGAGAGGAUCUCUGCUCAGGAGCAGCCCUGUGUGAUUCAAUGUCCUCAUUUACUGUCAUUGGGUUUCUGAACUGUAAAUUAAGCCUGAAUGAUGUUUCAGAUGAGCCAGGACACUGUGUGUUCGAGUGAAGAGGACGAAGACGGUGAUGAGGACUUUGUGUUUUAGUCUACAACUGUGAGUCAAAAGUUUAAGACCACUCGAUUUUAUCAGGAGACACUGAAGCAUGAGUCUUUUUUUCUAACAACAGAAUGAGAACUUAACAUUUUCAUACAUUUACAGCCUUGUUCUCUCUACAUGUUCUGUGACACAGCUGUCAGCACAUAGCACACAGACAGAAUCUAUAAGGUAAUCACUGGUUCUGCAGUUGUAAAUGUUAAUUAUCAGUUUAUAGUUGUUUUUUUUUUUAGCUUGAAGGCGUCCUGCAGCCCUUUUCCAAAAGACAUGACUGUCCACUAUUUGUUGACCAGGCAAAAUGCAAACCAGCAACUCUAAAGACGGAGAAGUCGACAUUUUCUCAGUUUGACAUCGAAGCUUAAAAACAUUUAGUGUUUGGUGAAUCUGACGAUAACUAGUGUCAAACUGACGUGUAUUUAUUUUGUAGUUGUAGGUCUUUGUGAACGAUGAUGCACUAACACUGUGAAUUAAGUGAACAUCAAUAAUAAUUAUUCUAAUUAUCCAUCAAAGUCAACUUUCGGUUUUCUUUUCUGUCACUUGACGUUAGUGUCGUGUGGUAAUCGUAGCUUUGAGCAGCUCUCUCUGCUGUCGUGUGCUUUCCUCAUGUUUAAUCAACCAAAAUAUUGUUUGAUUUAGAAAAUGAUCUUCAGAUUAAUCCACAAGUAAACGAACGUAAACAACUAGAAAGUAAAAACACAGGAAGUCCUGCAUCCAAGUCAAAAGUACAAGGUAAUGAGACUUUUUCAUUAUUUGUCUGGACAAAUAAAUAAAUAAUCAGUUCAUUAGGAAAAUGAUCUUCAGAUUCAUUAACACGUUAGUUGGAGUCCUGGUUUAUAAAAUCUUUUCAGAUUUUGCACAUAAGCAGCCUGAGUCUGAAGAAAAUGAGUCUAAACAUUGAUGGAGAUUAUCAUCAUCAUUAUUAUUAUUAAUAUUAUUGUGAACAUGUAAAAUGUGUUUUGUAGCUUUUGUUGUGAUUUGUUUUGCUGUGUGUGUGUGUGUGUGUGUCACAGUAUUUAUAUCACUCAUGUUCUUUCAGCAGCUUCAGAGUUUAAAGUGAUUUUUUUCAGUUGCUCUUUAAUCUGUUUCAGUUCAUUCAGACGAAAAUAAAUGAAAAUAAAACAGCAAACA